UCCAUCUUGGAUGUGCACUGGACUGCAUUACAAACAGACGAAACCAUCGCUUCAACAGCAGCCUUCAGACAAGAGCCACUAUUUCCUGAUUCAGGUCACCUGUCCUUGAAGUUUAAAAGACUGGAAAUAGGAGAGAGAGAUACACUGAGCCAACAAGCUGAGAAGGAGCCACACAGAUUCAAAAGAGCAAUACAAGAAGUAGAAUCCCUAAGAAUGGCCUCCCUGAGCUCCAGCCUCUGGAAUGAAACCACUACGUCUGUUUAUCAAUACCUUGGUUUUCAAGUUCAAAAAAUUUACCCUUUUCAUGAUAACUGGAACACUGCCUGCUUUGUCAUUCUGCUUUUAUUUAUAUUUACAGUGGUAUCUUUAGUGGUGUUGGCUUUCCUUUAUGAAGUGCUUGACUGUUGCUGCUGUGUAAAAAACAAAACUGUGAAAGACUUGAAAAGUGAACCUAACCCUCUUAGAAGUAUGAUGGACAACAUCAGAAAACGUGAAAUUGAAGUGGUCUAGCACUCUACUAAGAUGAACAAAAUCUCUGAAAACAGCCUUCAACUACUGAGAAAAAAGGAAAAUUUUCUGAGGCCAACUGUUAUUAUGAAAAUUGACUCUGAAUGAUUAAAAGAUUUCUAAAAGAAGGGAAAAACAAGUCAAAUAUGCACUUUGUGUGUGUGUAUCCCUUUCAUUAAAUGUACAGUAAAACUUCACAAAUGUAA